CAAAGAUGGACAAAAUAAUGGACAGUGAUGAAAUCACAAGGGAGGGGUCGGCGUAUAAAUUGCUGCUCCGGCGUACAAGCAGCACAUCGCCAACAGUUGCGUCCCUUGGUCAUCGAGGAGCGUCCUUCUUCAGCCGUCAGCAAUGAGAGCUACUCUGGUGUUGCUAGUUGCAGUUGUGGCUAUGGUUUGUGCUGCUCCAUCUCCAGUGCCAGCACCCAAACCAAGCCUCUACCCUCUUGCCUACAGCUACCCAUCUGCACUCACUUACAGCGCAUACACAUCACCCUACUACACAAGCUAUGUUGCACCCUACUCAUAUGGCUACCCAAAUUUAGGGACAUUUGCUGAGUCCAUCAGGACGAUAAACAACUCAUCACCCUGAAGAUGGAAGCAGCAAUAACCUCCGAAAUGCUAUGCAUACUCAUAUCCUUAUGUGUUUGUAUGAAAUGGCAGAGGAACGACAAUGAACUGGCAACUUCAACUUUUGUUUACAAGAAAGCACUAUCAAUUUUCAUCAACUUGCAUUUGUCAUAAUCUUGUGUUGUAAUUGUACAUUUAACAUUUCCUAACUCAAUAAAUUGCUAAGAUGAGUAGCAAA